CAUUUGAAACACACAUACUGCCUCUGCCUCCGCUACAUAGUGCGUGUAGCCCAGUGAGUAGGCUAGAUGAUGAACUGAGCAGAAGAUAAGACAAAAAUCUUCAAUAGGAAAGCGGCACAGAUCCGAUUCAGCGAUUGGGUGAUGUGAAAUUCCUGAUCGGAGAGAUCUUACUGGGCCGAGCGGGCUGAAGUGAAGAAGCAGGACUUUUCGUGCGUGUCGGUGCUCACGCUGCCCAUCUGAUGACCAAGUUGUGAAAAGUCGAUCUGCACUGUCCUUGCAGUUUUUCAGCUCGAGACUUCGUAUUAAGAUCAUGGCUGUCUCGUCCUUCUCCUCCAAUCUCCUGCUCCUUCUCCUAAUUUCCUCCCUGGAUUGGCUGUCCACUCCAGGAUCUGCAUUUCUCAUGGGCCGGGACCACAUGACAUCAUCCGCUCCCCUUGAACCUCAUUUCACAGAGUGCAUAUCGAGGGACCAGGAGACAUUCCGAUGUUGGUGGAGUCCAGGCAACUUCCACAACCUGUCCACCCCUGGAGCACUCAGAGUCUUCUACCUUAAGAAAGACUCACCCACCAGUGAGUGGAAAGAGUGUCCCGAGUACAUCCAUUCAAAUAGGGAAUGUUUCUUUGACGUAAACCACACAUCUGUUUGGAUCACCUACUGCAUGCAGCUCCGCAGCCAAAACAACAUCACCUAUUUAAAUGAGGAUGACUGUUUCACUGUGGAGAAUAUCGUACGUCCUGACCCACCCGUGUCUCUAAACUGGACCCUGCUGAAUAUAAGUCCCUCCAGGCUAAGUUAUGAUGUCAUGGUCAACUGGGAGCCCCCGCCCUCUGCAGACGUUGGGGCGGGCUGGAUGCGCAUUGAAUAUGAGAUCCAGUACAGAGAGAGAAAUACCACAAACUGGGAAGCAUUGGAGAUGCAGCCGCACACCCAGCAGACAAUCUAUGGUCUGCACAUAGGAAAAGAGUACGAAGUGCACAUCCGCUGCAGGAUGCAGGCCUUCACUAAAUUUGGAGAGUUCAGCGACUCCAUUUUCAUUGAAGUGACUGAGAUUCCCAGCAAAGAGUCCACUUUCCCGCUCACACUGGGUUUUGUUUUCGGGGUUGUGGGAAUUCUCAUACUCAUCAUGCUAAUUGUCAUCUCUCAGCAGCACAGAUUAAUGAUGAUUCUGUUGCCACCGGUUCCUGUUCCCAAAAUUAAGGGCAUCGAUCCAGAGCUGUUAAAGAAGGGGAAGCUGGACGAGCUGAAUUUUAUCCUGAGUGGUGGAGGUAUGGGUGGCCUACCCACUUACGCACCAGAUUUCUACCAAGAUGAGCCAUGGGUGGAGUUCAUCGAGGUGGAUGCUGAGGAUGCAGAUAAUGGAGAGAAGGAGGACAACCAGGGCUCAGACACCCAGAGGCUCCUGGGUCUGCCCCAACCCGUCAGCCACCACAUGAACAUAGGGUGCUCCAAUGCCAUCAGUUUCCCUGAAGAUGACUCAGGCCGGGCCAGCUGUUAUGACCCAGAUCUGUCUGACCAAGACACCCUAAUGCUGAUGGCCACCCUGCUGCCAGGCCAACCGGAGGAUGGAGAAGCCUCCUUCGAUGUCGUAGAAAGAGCCCCAGCCCCAGAGAGCGGCGAGAGGCCCCUAGUCCAAACCCAAACUGGAGGGCCCCAGACUUGGGUCAAUACAGACUUCUAUGCCCAGGUCAGCAAUGUGAUGCCCUCUGGAGGCGUAGUGCUGUCUCCUGGCCAGCAACUCAGAAUCCAGGAGAGCACCUCAGCCACAGAGGAGGAAACACAACAGAAAGGAAAAGAGCACAAAAGCAGCGAGGACACUGAGGAAAAUAAGCAGAAGGAGCUGCAGUUUCAGCUGCUGGUAGUGGAUCCUGAAGGAAGCGGCUACACCACAGAGAGCAAUGCCCGGCAGAUCAGCACUCCCCCUAGCUCCCCCAUGCCUGGCGAGGGGUAUCAAACCAUACACCCUCAGCCAGUGGAGACCAAGCCUGCAGCCACAGCAGAGGAUAAUCAAUCACCUUACAUUCUUCCUGACUCUCCCCAAUCCCAGUUCUUUGCCCCUGUUGCAGACUACACAGUGGUACAGGAGGUGGACAGUCAGCACAGUCUGCUCCUCAACCCGCCUCCCCGCCAGUCUCCCCCUCCCUGCCUGCCACAGCACCCCCUCAAGGCCCUACCUGCUAUGCCUGUAGGGUACAUCACCCCAGACCUGCUGGGGAACCUCUCGCCGUGAAAUGACAAUGCCAUUAGGCCUUUAGAUGUAAGGUUAAUUGACCAGGAAGUCCUCUGCGGUCACAAAAACCUGUUUCUACUUGAUUCCUGCUGGAAACCAAAUAACUCGCAGCACACAGUGUGGAUAAGAGUGUACAGGUGUUUGUUUUCAGAGGGUGCUGAAAUGGAGUUGUGAAAAGCUAUAAGCUGUAUUCUUGACUCUUUAACACCUGCUACAUCAAUUAAUUUGAUGCAGAAGCAGCCAAAACUAACCAUCACAAUCCCAAUGCACUGUUUGCUCUCUUUGUUGACAUCCACGCUCGAGACACACACAGGUAAUAGGCUGAGACUGAUUGUAAUGAGUCAAAAAGCAUUAGCUCACUGCUAAACUGCCUUGGAUCGCAUUACACCUCUGGCUAAAUGUGUUUAGAGCAAUGGCAUAGUUGAAGUCUUAAUCUUACAGAGAGAUGUCACGUGUAUGAUGGGAGAAGACAAGCACAUUCUAGUUAUGUUUUUCACACCACACCAAGAAGAAGUCAUUGCUGUUGUUGAUAUCUCUUGCUGGCAGAGGUCUUUUGCCGCUCAACUGUGGCUUAUUUUAUAUUCUUAAAUUUCUUAUCUCAACAUGUCAUAUUAUUAGUACUUCAGUACUAAAUAGAGAUAUAUUUUUUAUACAAAAAGGAAUUAGCUAAAGGAAAAAAUACACACCCUAAAAUACAGUUGAAAACACAACUAUGCAGUUUAACCUUGCAUUCCUGGUUUCAUUUUGUUUAAUGGUAUGAAGUUCUUAUUUUCGCAAAAUAAGUGGCCAAACAUAGAUUAUAUGAUGUCAAGAUAUUUUUUCUCUACAGCUACAAUAGAGUUUAAUAGAAGGAAUAUGUUCAACAACUGAAAAAACAUUCAGUACAAAUGCACACACACACACAGAGACAUGAGUAGUUGGGACAGAAAAUACCAUCAACAAUAAAAGAAAGUCAGGAGAGUCCCUGCAUAUAGUAUUACUAUUAUAUUUCCUUCCUUGGGGAAUAUUUAAAGGCAUUCUGGGAAAUAAAGGAAAUCAUUAACUGAAGUAGAAGUAGAGGUGACGAAUAAAAGGGAAAUGUUCACUUCAUCAUAAACUAAUUCCUGGAAUGUAUUGAAUAUCACAGACUGAUUAUACAUGUCCCAGAAUUUUCUUUAACCUGAGUUUAUUUAUUUUCAUUUUAUUCCGGCAUGCAUACUGAGAACAUGUCACUGACAGCGCUGAACAGCAGUUCUUGAAGUAAGAGGAAGGGUUUAUUCAGAUUCAUUCACAGCUGGGAGCCGCUCAGUGCAAACAGUGCUGUAGUACACUGAGCAUCCACCAAGUGCCUUGCUCAAGGGCACAUAGUUAUAGAACAGAAUAUAGAAGGGAAAUAAAACAAACACACACCCAGCAGUUCAGAAAAAACAUAUUGCAUUUCAUCCAGUAACAGCAGUCAAGUCUCACCUUUACAACCAGCACUCAUAAUCUAUCACUUAAACCGAAACCUUAAUGAGCAAGUUUUCUUGCUUGGGUGUUGUAUUCUUAUCAUGUUGCAUUAUUAUUGCAGGGACAACAACUGGAACAAGUUAAAAGAUUCUUGAAAGUAUGUAAUAGCUGUAAUUAGCUAACAUUUUAUACUUAUUAUCUGCCAAGUACACUGUGUUAACAAACUGUGCCUAUAAUAGUGUUAUUGGCUUGCCAUUUCUGUGCUAGUAUGCUUACGUAAUUAGGAUUUGUGCAUUUAUGCAUUGCUGUGUACAGGUAAGUACGGCUACGUAUAGGUGAAUAGGUGUAAAACCUCUGUGCAUUGAAAAACCUGCACAUGCAUUAACACAGUAACAUGCAUGCAUGCAUAUACACACACUACAUCAAAACAUUUGCCUUAAUUGAUAUUUAAUUUUGCCUUCCUGAUAUAGUCGUAACAUUUAUGAGCUGAAAAUUGUCUAAGAAAAUAGUUGCAAGGGUGAAAUUUUUCUGAGGCCACUAAACCGUGAGUUUCACAUUUCCGAUCAUACUCGUAAAACUGACCACAAUUUCCAAACCAAAAAUGUUGAUUAGGGCAAGUACUGAAAGACCUUGAGUUCCAAGUUCUAGUUUGAUAGAGCAACAAAUAGAUAGAUGUGAGUAUUUUUCCCCAGAAAACCUGAGUCAGCUACAGUAGGCAAUAUGUGUGUAAUUAGGCACGGAUUCCUAGUUCCUUUGUGCCCAUCCUUUACUUAGAAUAACCAAAUUUAAGACAUUAUUUAGGCAGAAUAUGUUGCUUAAUCAAUUAUUUUGUCACAUUAGCUUGUAGUGUAAGCUUGCCCUUGGUUCAUUGACAGUGUAAGUUUUUUAUAAUGGCCUGUGUGGGUGAGAGGAUAGCAGAGGAGACCUUAUGUAAAGGUUUUAGGCUUCUCGUGUUUUUUCAUCCUAUGAAUUCUAUCAUAAAGACUGUGACAAACACAGCAGCAUAGCAUACUGUAUACAAUAAGCUAUUUAAGCUUAGGCCAAUAGACAUUGUGCGAUAUGCAUAGUUUUGUGAUACAGCACAAAGUAUUUUCAGUUCAACAAGUCUAUGAAUGAGUCAGAUGCAUUGUUAUUGUAUAAUAUCAAGGCAGCCUCCGAAUGGUUAGAUCUCACCAUUAAAAAACAUACUUCACAGUGCAAAGAAAACACAUCAUGCCUUUGAAUUAUGUUGAUAGAAUCAUCCUUGAGAUAAGCAGGCUAAUGGAUAGAUAGAAUAGGUCUUUUGUAUCAGACAAUCCCAUAAUGAAGAGAGACAAAGCAAGAGCCAUUAAAUGUCUAAAAUUUCUAAAAAUGUGAAUAUGAUAAACGUGCCAUAUCUCUCUUUCUCUCUCUGUCUGUCUCUCUCUUUUUUUGAAAAGAGCUCAGUGUUCUGUUGUUGCUGCCUAGUGCUGAUGACACCAGCAAGUCAAUGCUGUUGCAGAAAUGUCUUAAUAUAUUUACUAGUGCUGUAAGAUUACAAGUAUAUAUUUUUUACAUCAUUAAUGUUACUAAUCACAAUAUAUUGCUGCUCGGUACAUGUAUUUUUCCUGCAUUCACCCUUACUGUGGUGGGAAGGGGUCUUUCAAGAGAGCACAACGAUCACUGUAUUGUGUCCAAAUGUAAAUGAUACUGAUAUUUGAAAAAAAAAAAUUUGAAAAUGGUCUGUUGCCUGGGAGAAAUGGGAAGGUAUGAUUUGGUUCAGUUAUCUGUUUGGUAGCAACAAUAGGACAGUUUUGCUCCAAAGUCAAGCUGCAAUACAAUCAACUAGUGAUGCUCAUACAACUCUCACAGUGUUUACACCCAUCCAAAGAUCCCCCAGAAGGCACGCUAUGUAUAUGAAGGAAGAUCACAUAAUGAAAAAAAGUACUGUUAAGGUUCUGUUUCAGUUGUACCAUGGUGAUUGUGAAUGUGUGCAAACAGGAAUAUGCAAUGCAAUUAUAUCGAGGAAAAGUUGUAAAAACGAAGAAAAAAAGGUAAAUCACUGAAAGUGUUUUUAAAGGUUAUAGCGAGGAAGAUAAAUUGGGAGGUGCUUUUUUGUUCAAGCUUACUGUACAGGUGUUUACUACAUUGUGUCUGCAAUUUUUUUGCCAGUUCACAAUGAGCUCAUUCAUAAUGUAGUGUAAACGUUUGCAACUGUUAUUUCAAGCUUAGAAAUGUUACAGACACUUUAGAGAAAGCACUUUGUAUACACAUAUAUAUAUCUGAUGGUUAAAAUAGUAUUCAGAUUUUGUAUUUUGAACUAAAUCAAGUCUAUGAAUUACUGUUAUUAUAAAACAGCAUUAUGUUUUUUAUUCAGCACAAUAAUCAGACGAUGAGGAACCUUCAAUAUCAAUAAGCUUCAGUUUUGUCCUACAGAGUUUAUAGGACAUAUUUUACACUACCAGACUGACAGAAUGAUGUACUAUAAUAGAGUAUUUAAUGUUUGCUAUAAAAUUUAUGGAUAGAUAGAGCAGAUGGAUAUAGUAUUUUAUGAAGUCAUAUCAAAAUAUAGGCAGAGUGAAACAGUUAUACUGUAACUCUACACUCUUACAUUUCUCCCACUAUGUGAUUUCAGCAUUUCAUUAUUGAAAAGUGCAUUUGAAGGGGCUACAGUGUUUUAUAAUGAUGUGUUUUGGCCUCCAGCUUGUUUUGCGUCGGUUCAAGGUUGGCUUUUGUCGCUCUGUUAAGCCUGAAAGUAAUCUUGAGCUUGUUGGGAAAAUAGUUUAAUAGAGUACAGCAUAUACACCCUGUUUUUUAUGACUAAAUUCAGUGGCUCCACUCUAUAUUUCUAUUCAUGUUAUUUAUUUGUCUGCUUAGAGCCCUCAGAUCACCCCACCACCUUAUCUGACAAUAGUGGUUGGAGCAGCAUGAGUAAUGUGUGCAGUUAUUCUCUGACCUGUUUCAUCCAGGCUCAUAAAACUGGAAAUAUUCUACAUGUCAGAAUUGGAAACAGCUGCAUUGUGGUUGCAAGUGUGGAAAAACCCAGCACCAUAAUUUAUCAGUUUGCAUUGGCUUCAUAAAUUGAUAUGACUUUGCUCCAUAUUGUCCUGCUUCAAUCAUAUUUUCAGACCCUCUUGACCUUGGAGCCACAGUCCUGGUCUGUUGCCUGCUGUUUUACUCAAGGCCAAGAACUGUGUUGAUCUUUGUUGAUUUGAUAUUGAUGUCUUACCAGUUGAGCCUUUCUGUUGUUGUAUGUGUGAUCAAUAAGCUUUCAACAAGUUACACAAUAAAUGUAUAUACAGCAUCUCAAUCAUCUUGUGCAUGCAUUUGUUAUCAGUUGUCCUCGGAAAUAAAAGAAAACAUUUAACAUUUA